UAUUAAGAAAAAUGGCUCCAUCAGCAGCAACAUCUAGUGAGAUUGAUGCUAUUGUCGAAAGAUUAGCAACCAUCAAACCAAUUGGUCGUGGUAACUAUAGAGAAGAAUAUAAAGGAGGUUCAGGAGAUAGUUGGAUUGAACAUUUACCAGCAUCGACUCGUCAAAGAUUUGAAAAGCAUGGUAUUGAUUUGUCCAGAGGGUAUCCGGUACGUCCACCGAUCGAAAAAAUUCCCAAGUUCAUUGAUGAAGCAUAUGCCGUUAGGGAUCAUGAUUAUCCAUUUAUUGAAAGAGGUAAGAACGCUGAUCCCGAAAAGAAAGCGUUAUUUGGAGCUGCAAAAGAAGUUAAGCAUUUAUCUAAAUUCGUUGGUACUGAGCUUGUUGGUAUACAACUAAAUGAUUUAACUGACCAACAAAAGGAUGAAUUAGCCUUAUUAGUUGCCGAAAGAAUUGUUGUAUUUUUCAGGGAUCAAGAUUUAGCACCUCAAAAACAAUUAGAGUUGGGAAAAUACUGGGGGCAACUUGAAAUACAUCCACAAGCACCAAGAGUUCCAUUAGGAGAAGGAGGACUAACUGUUAUUUGGCCUGAUUAUAAUAAGAGAUCAGGAUUACCAAUGACUUUUAGAAAUUCGAGGGUUGGUAAUAGUAUAUUUCAUUCUGACGACGUUCACGAAAAAAAUCCUGCUGGUAUAACUCAUUUAUACUUAGAUGCUAUUCCAGACAUUGGUGGUGACACUGUAUGGGCAUCUUCUUACGGUGCUUAUGAUAAACUUUCACCAGCAUUUCAGAAAUUUUUAGAUGGGAAGACUGCUAUUUUCAGAUCAGCUCAUCAAUACGCUGAUCGAGAAAACCCCUUGAGAGGAGCCAAAUACAUUGAAAGAGAGCACCCUAUUGUUAGAACGCAUCCCGCAACUGGUUGGAAAGCUCUUUUCGUUAAUCGUUCAAUGACUGUAAGAAUUGUUGGCUUAGAGCCAGAUGAAUCUAAAUUAAUCUUGGAGUAUCUUUUCGAUGUAUACGAGAAAAAUUUGGAUAUCCAAGUUAGAUUCAAUUGGAAACCAACUAAGCCAGGAUUAGGAACUGCAGCCAUAUGGGACAAUCGAGUAUCACAACAUAGUGCUGUUCCUUUUCUAGAUAGUGAUUACGAUUACGAACUUAGAGGGAAGGGCAAAAAGGACGAGCGCCAUGGGACCAGAAGUAUCUCUUUGGCAGAGAUACCAUUUUUCGAUCCUAAUUCAAAGUCACAACGGGAGGCUUUAGGUUUGUAAGAAUAAAAGAUAUUUUGUGUGUAUUGUAUAGGGGC